GCAAAAGAAAAAUGAACCUGUAUUUCGCAGCAACUAGAGGGCGCUAGACAACAAUUAGGGACAAGAUUCAAGACAAUUUUCAGCUACACGAGGUUAUCAAAUUUGCGACUUGAAGAUGGAGUGGGACUGGUGGUCCCGAAUGCAGGGCUCUUCGUCAGUGCCCAAGACUCCCCGACAAGGGAAGUGGUGGGCUAAUCUCAGAGACCCGGUCUGGCCCCGACGGAACUCCCGAUGGCAGCGACAUUGGCCCCGAUCUUUCGGAGUCCUGCCAGAAGUGGAUUUAAAUUCUGUGCACGUGAAAACUUUGGAUGAAAUAUUGCGAGAGAGGGAGGCUAAGAAAUGCAGAGAACAGGCAAUGUCAUUAGCUCCUGCGAGUCACAGCUUCCAGGAAAUGACCAGAAAUCUCCAAAUGGCCCAUCACCAAGAGAAGAAUCCAAUCAGCCGGGUCAGAUGGAGCCAGUUUAAUUUCCACGGUGAGGAGAGGAACGAUGAUGAAGAUGAUGGAGAAGAUGUGGUUGCCAUGGAUAUGGCCGAGUCUGACCACUCUGAAGAAGACAAUGCAGAGGCUGAGUUCUCGUCAGACGAGCUGUGCCCUGAAGAACGGGAAGGUGACCUCAGUGAGGAGACGAGUACGAGCUCUCUGGAGGAAGAGGAUGGAAACAAAAUCGACCCAGUGGAGGGGGACAUCAUUCCUGAGGAAUGGGAAGACAGGGAUAGUGACAAAGUUGUUCAACUCGAUGACCCUCGGGUCAAUGUUGGGGAGGACCAGAGCUGCCUUGAAGAGGGUGAGGAAGAGAUUGAACUUCUCAAAUUCUCUCUGGGUGAUUUUUGGCCAGAAGAGUCCAACAGGAGUGUUGAUGGAGAGCAGGAUGAAAGGUUUCCAGAGGGAGUUGGGGAAAGUACCCGAAGUGGACAAGAGAGUGACAACAAAGAAGAAGCUGAGAUGCAAGAUGGUCUGCAAGCAGAUGUUGCAGAUAACCAGAGCAUCUGCGAGGAGAAUGAUGGGGACAAUGGGGAUGUUGUAUCUUCUCAAGAUGAGUCACAUCUUGGAGAACUUGACAGUGGUGUUGAUGGGGAGACUGUAUGUAGCCCUCAACAAGAAGAAUAUGAAAUUCAUGAUGAAGCAAGAAAUGUGAAAGGAGACGGGGAGACAGUGGAACAAAGCAACCUUGAGGAGGAUGCUGGAGAUUUUGAGAAAUGCAAGAAGGGAGACAAUCAAGACAUGGAAGAUCUUGCCUCGUCUCUGGAUGUGCUGUGUCCUGAAGAAGCCAGUGGUGAUGUCUGUGAAGUGACCAGUGGUAGUUUACAGUAUGAGGAGUGUCAAAUCGACCAGUCAGAUGAGAGGAUCAUCUGCAGUGAUCAGGGAAGCAACAAUGGUAACGCCCUCAAGCAAAGUGACCCCCAAGAGGACCUUGGAAGAGAGAACAUUGCAGGUGAUGAGAGCUACCACGAGGAGAAGGAUAAAAACACUAAGGUUUACGUCCCACCAGAUGAUUUCUGUCCUGAAGAGACACAGGAUUGUAGAACUGCCCAAGUAUGGAAAGUGAUCCUUGAUGUUGUCAAGGGAGACAAACAUUAUGACAGAAAGACUGUGCAACAAGGUGACCUCCUCUUUGAUACGGGAGAUGACAAGGAUCACCCGCAGGAAAACACUGAAGAUACAGACUGUGCUGAAGAUGACAUCUGCCUUACACAAUCCACCAGCGGUGUUGAUAAAGACAUCAGUGACAUUCAUCAGGAGGAGGAAGAGCUUAAACUCGUCCCAGUUGAGGAGAGUUCCUUGAGUGGACAGGGAAUGUGGAAUGACAAGGGCUCAACUUUGUGGGAGAAUGGCCGAGUGGAUGCCUGUGUUUCCAAGAGUUUCCAGGUGGCGGGUGAGGAAAACAUGGAGGUCAAUGCAACUGACAAAAGAGGGGAAGGUUACCAAUCAGUAGAGGAGAGCUCAGUAGACACCAGCAUGGAAGAGGGUAAGGGCAAAAGUGAAAUAUCUGAGGAAGCUCCUGAUGAGGGUUCUUAUGAGGGUGUGUCUGCCGGGGACACAAGUAGCUCAGAAGGCACAGACAGAGAGGAGGAGCAGGACAUUCGGGGCAAAGGUUGUCAAGGGGAUGAAAGUCCAAAAGGUGGAGAGGAUAAUGGCUGCCUGGAUAAAAGCACCAAAGAAGUCAAGGCCAGCUCUCUCGAUUUGAGUCAGGAUUCGUACAGGAAGAAAGAUACUGAUAAUCAGAGCCCGAGGACUAGCCCUUCCAUCGGGCAGAUGGUUGAUGAAUGCAGUGGGACAGAUGUCCUCACUGACAGCGAGGAGACUUCUGAUACUUCCACUACCGCAAAUAAACCUGUUUGUGCUCAAGUGGAGGAAGCAGACAAAGCAGCUGUUAAGAGAAAAAAGGAUGUGUGUCUACCAGAACUGAAGGAAUUAGUUAAUGCACCAAGAGCUCUCCAGGAUGAAAUGUCUUACCUUCCCACAGAGUUUUCUCAUCCAGUUGUCUCGAACAAGUCGGAAACUAAAAGCAGGCCUCAAACAAGGAAAAGAAAAUGCGAAGAGAGCACGGCAGGCGGGGUUACGUUUCUGAAAGUUAGAGGUAAGAGAGAUGGGUUGAGAAAGACCAGGCAGGAAAGUGCUGGGCAAAGACAGGCUAGGAGUGGGAAGGUUGAACGGCUUGCCAAGGUUAAGAACAAAUUGACCAGUAAGGAUGCUUCCACCUCAGACAUUCCUGAAGUCCCCCAGACAAGGCCGCAGAGACAGGUUGCAGUCACUGAGGGACCCCAAAGAAAGAGGGGCAGAUUUUGUCGGAAGCCCCGGGAAGGAGGUGAAGUAAUUCGCAAGUUAGGCCAAGCAAAAGAAAUGGGGCCUGGUGCAGAGCUUGGCCUUAGUCGAACGGGAAAUGAGAGACAUGACAGGCCUAGAAGGAAGGCCAAGGAUGGCAAAGGAAAGGAGGAUCCAUCUCAAAAAGAGCCAGCGAGGAGACUGAAGAGAAGCAGGGCACGGGAUGAUGUCUCAGUGUCGGAAGGAAAGAAGCUGCAGGGCUCUGUUGAGCAAUGUGGUCAACUCCAGGAGGUCUCAGACAAUUCCAGGCAAUCUCAAAACAGCAGGAAGAGGGCUCGGAAAGCAGAAGAUGACAUUCUGAGGAAGGUCAAGAGGCCAAAAAGAAACAAGAAUGACGGUGUCAGUAAUAAGAAUCAUGAAGGGGAUGAUACCUUGCCACCUGCCAGUCCUAAGAGUGCAUCAGGAGGUGUAAAAACUCGCAGUAAUUUUUCUGAUCCUGGAACUGUGAUGCAUAAGAAAAGGGGCCCAAAAGCAAAGCUGCAGUCUGUAAACCCUGCACAACCUUCAUCAAACACAGUGGCAGAAAAGGCACCAGUCUUACAUGUAGCAGUUACUUCAGACAAGAUCGAGCCAAAAGAAAAUACAUCCACUCGGGUUGCGCAAGAGAGGCAGGACACUGAGAGAAAUGUUCUUGAGACAACAGAUUUUGAAUGUGCCAAGAAGCCAAAGGGACGAAGGGAUAAUUGUGCCAGUAAUAACUAUGAUCGAAGGGAUACAUGUAAUCCCUUACUGAAACCAUCUCCUGGCAAUACAUCAGAAGGUGUUACGACUCGCAGUAAUUCUACUACUGGAACUUUGGUGCUUAAAAAAAGGGGAAGGAAACCAAAGAUACAGCCUGUGAACUUGUUACAGCGUUCAUCAAACAUGGUGGCAGAAGUUUUACCAAUCUUACACAAAGUAGUUGCUGGAGACAAAAUCAAGCCACGAGAGUGUCUAUCUGUUUGGGCUGCAGAGGAAGGGCAAAGUACCUCGAGAGAGGUGCCUGAGUCACCGGAUUUUGAAGGUGCCAAGAAGUCAAAGGGGCAAAGGAUGAUUGUGCUAUUAAUAGUAGUGACCAAAGGGACGAUACCUUGGUGACAGCACCUCCUAGAAA